CAUUCAUUCAAGGCUUUCCACCACUCACUCACCGAUAAACUCGCAAUCAUGGCCUCACCUCCUCCUAUCCCCCGUUCCUAGAUUCCCCUGCCGAUCGACAUGACCUCACAACUGACAGUCCCUGAGCUGCGGGAUACGCUGUCCUCGCUAUCCCUGUCCUCACAAGGCAAGAAGGAGCAGCUUCAGAAGCGUCUGCGAAAGGCUCAGAGGAGGAUUCGGCUGGCUGAGGAGGCGGCAGAGAGGGGAGCGUCAAGGGGUACAGAGCAAGAUGAUGAUGUAUGGAGACCAAAGUAUCGGCGAUACUUGGUCCUCGAUGUAGAGGCGACUUGCGAAGAGGCGAUUUACAGGGGAGGACCCUUUGUGUAUCCUAACGAGAUCAUCGAGCUCCCCGUUGUCCUCUUGGAAUGGCGAGACGCGCCUGCGCCCUCGAUACCCAAUUCCACCUCCGCCUCCGCCUCCUCCUCCUCCUCCUCUCCCAGUCAACCGAGCACCAAGAGCGCAGGCCAACUCCACCUCAUAGACGUCUUCCACAGCCACGUUCGUCCUAUCGCCCGCCCACACCUCUCCGACUUCUGCAAAACUCUCACCGGCAUCGCCCAAUCGGACAUCGAUCGCGCUCCAAGCUUCACACAGGCGACUGUCCAGCUCCACGACUGGAUGGCCGAGCAUGACUUGCUUCAACUGAAUGCCGAGGAAGAUGACGAGUCCAGCUCAUCUUGUGCCUCUUCCUCUUCUUCGUCCUCGAGUUCUCCGGCGCUCACGCCAUCACAUCGCAUCUAUACAUCGCGCCUUCGCAAGGAUGUCGCAUGGGCAACGCACGGCGCCUAUGACCUGCGCGACUUCCUGCCCAAGACGGCAUGGCUCAACCACAUGAUGUACGGACCUCCGCGAUGGUGGGGUUCAGGGCCACUUCUGGAUGUAAGGAAGGCGGUGGGAAAGUGGGUGCAGCGAUCCGUUGCGAUCAAGGUUGCGAAGGAGGAGGGGAGCGGGAGCGGGACAAGCGAGGGAGAAGGAGUUGCAGCAGCCGUAGCCGCGGUUGUACCACCCGAAGUGGCAGCUCCGGCUACAUUCAGGGAUGGUACUAUCCCUGCCCUUCUUUCCGAUCUGGGACUCGCAGCAUUCGAGGGACGACUGCACAAUGGUUUGGACGAUACGAAGAAUCUUGCGCGAAUAUUAGUCGAGUUGAGCAAGCGGGUGGGAAAGGAGAUGAGCGCACCUCCACCUCCCAUCAGAGACGGGGGAGCGACAAAUGCUGCUACUGGAAGCGGCAUAGGCGGUCGAGAGACACCACCACGCUGUGUGUCUCCAGUGCCCUCUACACCUCCGGCGAAGCUGGCGCAAUUGCCGCCAGCAACGCCGCCUCCCAACGCACCUGCCGGGCCCAAGCGCUGGCUCGCAGCAAACAAGCAACGUCUCCUCGCUUCCACUCCCCCACCGACAUCUCCAAGGGCGCACGGGCGUGGGCAUGGGCAUGGGCAUGGACAUAGCUCAUCCUCCUCCGUCUCCUCGACCACCUCGAUCACCUCGCCCUCACCCUUCCCCUCCUCCUCGUCCUCAAUCAGCAGCCCGUCUCUCCCGCCGGCGAGCUACUACCUCGAACCGAACUACACCCUCCCGGAUCUCCCUCCCCCUCCUACACCGGGCGACGAAAAAGAAGCAGCGGCGAGCAAGAGCGGGUGGCGCUACUACCCGAAGAAGUAUGCGUGGAUGGGGAAGAAGGUGGGCAUUGUGAAGUGGCACGUUGUUGAGCGUGAGGGGAUGGAGGACGGGGAGGAUGAGGAAGCGAGCAUGACUUUGGCGUCUGGUCAGCAGAGGAAUGGGAUGCAGAUGGGGAGGAACAGAUAGGGAAUGGGAUACGAUAUCAAGAUGAUGCUGGGAUUGAGUGCGUGAGUGGUGCGAGUGGGCUAGUCGUCAUAAUCAUCAUCGUCGUCCAGAUCGAGG